CUUUGGUAUGAUCCUAGAUGAUUUGUGUGUUGUACCUAGGAAUGAUCCUAGAUGGUUGGUGUGUUGUACCUAAGAAUGAUCCUAGUUGAUUGAUGUGUUGUACCUAGGAAUGAUCCUCUGUGUUUGGAGUGAGGUUCCUAGGGAGGAUACCAGCUGAUCGAAGUCAGUAUCUAGGAAUGUUCCUAGAUGAUUGGCGUGUUGUACCUAAUCGUGAUGUGGAUUAUUUUCCAAUCGAGAUAAUCCUGAUAUGGAUUAUUUUUCAAUGGAGAUAAUCCUGAUGUGGCUUAUUUUUCAAUCGAGAUAAUCUUGAUAUGGAUGAUUUUGUAAUCCUCAAAAUCAUAAUAUGGAUUUUUGUUUAAUCCACAUAAUCUUAAUGAGAAUGACUUUGUAAUCCGGAAAAGCCGAUAGUGAAUGUUUUUAUAAUCCGGGAAAAUCUGUUGUGGAUGCAUUGGUAAUCAAAGGGAUGUUUGGGAGAAGUAAAUCUCUAUAUAAUCCAGAUGAAUCUUGUUUGAGCUGCAUAGGAAUCCGACGGAAUCCGGUGGAAUGUCACAGGAAGUCUUUCUGUUCCGGCGUUUGUCUAUGAUCGGAUCCGAUCAUUUCCUGAAAGUUCCGAUGAUCGAUUUCGACAGGAACCAAUCGGAUCCUUUUCCGGCGUAAUCCGGGCCGGAAUCCAUUAGUUAGGAAUCCGGAGUAAUACGGAUCGGUUCCGGCCGGUUUUACUGUGGAACUCGUCGGAUUCCUGUGUGAUCCGAUACCGGAUCCGGUCGUUUCUUGGAAGAUACGUAGGUCGGAAUGAAUCUCCUGGGUUAGUUUUAGGAAAAGCUUUUUCAGAUCUGAGGUCAUGUGACACUGAUAUCUAUUGAAAUGUUGGAGUAUGGUGUAUAUGAAGUAUAUUUACAUCGGGGUUAUUUUAAAAUAAGUUGCAAAAAGGAAGUGGUUUUUAAUAAUAAAGUUGGGUCUGGCUCAGUGUUUUGAGGUUAAUGUAGAAUCAAAUCAUUCUGAAUUUUUAUUGGUUAGGUGAUCUUUUGGACGCUACAGGCUCAAUUUCAUACCGAUGGGAUCAGUUUGAAAACUAAUGGUGCGAUAGGUGACUGACUUCAUAUGAGGGAGAUCAUAGAAAUAUAUACAUUCAUGUAUUCAUGAGUUAUUAUUAAAAAUUUGUUCGUCAACAUUCUAACUGUGAGGAGAGUGAUUCAUAUACUUACUUCAUUAGUUUUAUAGUUAAAUUUUAGAAAUAAAUGCACAUUGUUUACGUUUUAUAUAUUAGUGAGUUCACAACGUGAGUUAUUGGAACUAACAAGCUUGUUAUACUUAGAAAAUCUUGAACAAUACAUUCGUUAUCGAGCGAAUAUUGACAAUAUUUUUAGAACCGACGAUGAAGCCACAAAAGAAUUAUGUGAAUUUUCACGUGCUGCUAUAUGAAAUAUUGAAAAUAUUUGUGCAACACACGCAUCAGGAAUUCUCUUCUCAGUGUUAGUAUCGCUGAGUCAUUUCACACAAAAGUCAAUGUAUGUUCAUUGGAAAAAAGUUUCCGGCUUAAAGAACAUCAAUUUAUUUGGUCUCAUUGUUGGUCUUAGUGGUGAAUUAUAAUAACUCUUUUAAUGAUUUUCUAUGAAUUAGCUGCAGGUUCCGAUAAAAGCGGUUUGAUCAAUGUCAUAUAAUCAUAUUAUAAGACUUGUGAACGUUUAUUUCCUGAAACAUAUAUUUGUGAUGGUAAAAAAUCAAUUAUGCAUGAUAUUACUGGAGCUGGUCUUCACAAGGAGCUCUCUAAUGGUUCCAAAUUUUUGCUAAUGCAUGAAGUUGAUUCUAAUCUAACAAAGCUCGAAUUUUAUCAUCAAGAUCAAGCAGGUAGCGCUUCGGCUCGAUCACUUCUAUGCGAAGCAUUUGACGGCUUUACGGAAUCAUCAAAAACCACAAGGAUGUAUGAUUUCUUGAUAAAAGACUCACGAUUAUCAUUACUUGGUGCAACAACUGGCAGUUCUCUUCAUCUAUUAUUAGCUCAUUAUACCAUUCAUAAAAUCUCUGAUGAAUGUGGCAAUCGAUUCUUGUAUCAUUUUACUGAAAAUGAUCUUAUUCCAUACGAUUUAGUAAGACAACCUGAUCCAUUUUUACCGUCGAUAAAACAAAUCUUCGUAAUUGUUCAUCUCAUCGGUCGUAUAGUUUAUGAAUUUACAGAUGCAACUGGUAACGAUGAGGCUCAAAGAUAUUAUGCAACAAAAGGUCGUUACUACAUUGAAGAAGGUCGGCGAUUAUUUCGAGAACGACAGCAAUCACAUUUACAAUCAUUUUAUUCAAAAAGUGCUGAAAAUUUUCCUCGAAUAUGUGUCAAUAUGCAGAGAUUUUUGGACGCGAUGAUGGUGUUAUUGAAGAUGAGACAAGGUGGUGAUCUUCAAUUCUCACAAGCCGUUGAUGAAAAAUUUGUUAUUAAAGCAAAAAAAUAUAUUGAAUUUAACUUAAAUAACAUUAAAAACUCCAUGGGUGAUUUUGUUAGUUAUGUUAAUUUAGAAACGUGUCAAAUAGCUAGUAAUUUAUAUGAUAAUUAUUUAUUUAAAACAACCAUGGCUCUUUUUACUUUGGACACUUCACCGCUGCAACCAAGUUUGGCAUCAAGCGAAUUUCGAUCACUAUUGGGAGAAAAACUUUCAAUUGAAAAACGAUUAUUACAGUUGCCUUUUCAAUUCUUUCUUAGGUCUGAUUUAAAGCAACCGACAGUUGAUGAAUCAGGGGAAAAGAUAAAUGCACCAUUUCAUCAUGUUGAUGGUCAUCAGUUGAACAUAAUAUUAAUUCAUCUUAAUACUGAAAAUGAAGUUCCUUGUGUCACAAGUGCAAAUGAUCUAGCAGGUAACGAUUAUAUGUUUGAGACAACACUACUUGAUCACAUAUCUGCUUCGAAUACAACGAUUCUAAUGGUAGAUGAAACAUUAAAUAACACCAAUAAAGGAAUCACGGAUCACGAUGCAUCAGGCACGAACAAUAAUACGAAAGAAAACCGUACAACAGAUGCUUUUCAACAGUUGCACACAAAUGAAACUGAAUCAGACACAACAAUAGAAAUAUUAGAAAAAACUGUAGACAUUGAGCCAAAAGGUAUAGUUAAGAGAAGUUAA